UCUCGUGCAAUUGCUAGUUUUUUUUAUUUCUGUCAGAAUCUGGAACAUCACAAUGGCUCUCAGACCGUGUAAAGUCAUUGUCGUGGGUAGUGGUGUCGCCGGUCUUACCCUCGCUCUUAUGCUGGAGAAGCAUGGUGUCGAUUAUCUCCUGCUAGAAGCAUACUCGGAUAUUGUGGCCACAGUGGGUGCGGGCAUCGCUCUAGCACCAAACGGUCUCCGGGUCCUUGACCAGCUUGGUUGUUUCGAGGAUGUGCUCAGUCGCUCGGCGACUAUUGAUCAGAUCCACUUCCGAAAGCCAGAUGGAACGGUAAACUGGGGGAUGGAUGUAGGUUUGGAGAAGGAGACUAUCACAAGGCACGGGUAUCCUUGGGUCUGGCUGGACCGAAAGUCGCUGCUUGGAGUUCUGUAUGACAACAUCGCGGACAAGUCUAAGCUGUUGACGGAGAAGCGCCUGGUCUCUGUGACACACACCGAGACCGGGGAUGUUGUGGUCACGGCGGAUGGGUCAACGUACACGGGAGAUAUUAUUGUAGGGGCCGACGGGACCCAUUCCGCUGUACGGAAGGAGAUCGCCAAACGCGCAGAGGAGCUGAACCUGGGCGAAGAUUAUGCUGAAGAAAACAAGGUUGCUGCAACCUACAGCUGUCUCUUUGGGAUGUCUGAUGCCGUCCCGGGCGUCCCUAGUCGCAGCCUUGACUUUAUCGCCAACGAGGGGUUCUCAUAUGUAUUAGGCACUGGCCCCAAGAAUCGCGUGUUCUGGUUUUUAUUGAACAAGAUGAGCCAGAAAUACUAUGGCGCUGACAUCCCGCGAUUCACCGAGGAAGACAAGGAGAAGAUACUUCAAGAACACAUGAAUGACCAGAUCACGCCAGAUGUUCGCGUGGCGGAUCUCUACAGCCGCGUAUUGACCACGACCUACGCGCCGAUCGCCGAGUUUGUCUACAAGAAUUGGCAUCUGGGCAGGAUGGUUACCAUCGGAGAUGCUUGCCACAAGGUCCUCCCAAUUACUGCUCAAGGGGGAAACCAAGCGAUUGAAAGUGCAGCCGCGCUAGUGAACGGUCUGAUGACAGUUUUAUCGCAGGGUCCGUCAGGGCCGUUAUCGGAGUUGGAGAUCAAGUCGAUGUUUGAUCAAGUCCAGAACCUUCGCGUCCCGCGCACGGCAAAGAUUGUAGAGGGAACACAUCUGCGACAGCAAAUGGACGCAAUGGAAACGCCAGAGCUAAAAGCCUUCCUGCUCAAUGAAUAUCCGAAACUGAAUCCGGGCGCGACGUGGUCAAGAUGGGAGGGGAUGUUUGCCGCCGCGGUGUCCUUGAAGAGGCUCGCUAUUCCCGUGAGACCCAAAACUUCCCCUUUCCUGGAUGAGAUAAUCCCAAGGGAGGCGAGCCUUUGAAGGGUUCGAUGUAAAUAGCG